AACUUCUCUUCCGGUCUUUUUAUUCCUCCGUGGCAUGGCGGAUGGUCAUUACCACCGCUUAUAGUGUGUUUUUGGAGGAAUUGCUUCGCUAAUACAGCGAAAUGAGUCUAUCAGUUGCCCGACCAUUAGUGUCGGUAUACUCGGAGAAGAGUGAAGUGGAGCAGGGCUCCUCCAUCGCUCUACCAUUCGUGUUCAAGGCGCCCAUCCGCCCGGACCUCGUCAACGAUGUCCAUGUAUCUAUGUCUAAGAACUCGAGGCAGCCGUACAGUGUGAGCAAGGAAGCCGGUCAUCAAACCAGUGCUGAGUCAUGGGGUACCGGUCGUGCUGUUGCCCGUAUCCCACGUGUGCGUGGUGGUGGUACCCAUAGGUCAGGUCAGGGUGCGUUUGGUAACAUGUGCCGUGGAGGUCGCAUGUUCGCACCUACCAAGCCGUGGCGCCGCUGGCAUCGCCGCGUCAAUCUACGCCAGCGCCGUGCAGCAGCCGCAGCCGCGCUCGCCGCUGCCGGAGUGCCAGCCCUUGUCCAGGCUAGAGGCCACAUUAUUGACAAGAUCCCCGAGCUGCCGCUGGUGGUUUCCGACAAGGUGCAAGAGAUCAACAAGACCAAGCAAGCGGUCAUCUUUCUGAGACGCAUCAAGGCCUGGUCUGAUGUACUCAAGGUGUACAAAUCUCAACGCCUUCGCGCCGGCAAGGGUAAGAUGCGCAACCGUCGUCGUCUCCAGCGUAAGGGACCACUCAUCGUCUACCACAAGGACCAGGGUCUUACACGCGCUUUCCGCAACAUCCCCGGCGUUGAUAUGUUGAAAGUUGACAAACUCAACCUGCUUAAGUUGGCUCCAGGCGGUCAUGUUGGCCGCUUCAUCAUCUGGACCAAGUCUGCCUUUGAGAGGCUCGACCCACUGUUUGGUUCAUGGAAGACACCCUCAAAGGAGAAGAAGAACUUCAACCUUCCCCAGCCCAAGAUGGCCAACACUGACCUCACCCGUCUGCUCAAGUCUGAGGAGAUCCGUAAAGUUCUCAGAGCGCCCAACAAGCGUGUGAUCCGUGCAACUCGCAAACUGAACCCGCUGACCAACACCAAGGCAAUGUUACGUCUCAACCCGUACUCUGCUGUGUUGAGAAGGAAAGCUGUACUCGAUCAGCAGAGGAAGAGCAACGCUCGUGCUCUCGCUUUGGCUGAGAAGAGAGGCAUCAAGUUGCCGUCAAGUGAUCCAGCUGUGAAAGCGGAGAAAUUGCGCGAGAGGAGACAAAAACUUCUUAAACUCGCGGCCGCUAAGAAGACCAAGAAGCCAGCAGCCAAGAAGACACCUCCACCACCUAAGAAGGUGAAAAAAGAAAAGGCACCGGCCAAGAAGUAGACGUGAAAUAUACUUUAUAACUGAA